AGGUCUGCACCACCACCGGGACCACCGCCAGGACGUCCACCACCAUCUUCCCUUCCUCCUUCUCAUGCCACUGCCUAUGUGUUGCAGAAAUCUAAUGGCUAGGGUCACUACCAGCUCUAUCAUCCCACCUUUUAAACAUCCAACCUCUGUCAGUUCUCUGCAGUCAAAAUCCUCUAGUCUCCGUCUGCAAUUCCCUAAUUUAUAUGUCACCUGCGGCAGCCGGAUCACCUGCCGUUAUGGAGGAGGAGGAGGUAGUUCACGUCAGGAAGACUCCAGACGGUCUCAGCAGGCUAGUUUUGACGACGAUCCGGCACUCGAUAUCUCCACUAUUAGGUCAAAUACUGUGAGGUUUAUAGAUGAUCAGCAAAAUAUGGUUGGUAUAGUAUCUAAAAGUGCUGCUAUUCAGAUGGCUGAAGAUGCUGAACUUGACCUUGUUAUAUUGUCACCCGAUGCAGACCCACCUGUUGUCAAGUUGAUGGAUUACAACAAAUAUAAAUAUGAGCAACAAAAGAAGAAAAGAGAGCAGCAGAAGAAAAAUGCCGCAAGUCGCAUGGAUCAGAAGGAGCUCAAAAUGGGAUACAACAUUGAUGUGCACGAUUAUUCUGUGCGGUUGAGGGCUGCUCAGAAGUUUCUUAAAGAUGGUGACAAGGUUAAGGUUAUAGUGAACUUAAAGGGUCGUGAAAACGAGUUCAGAAAUAAUGCUGUUGAGCUUCUGCACCGUUUUCGUGAUGACAUUGGGGAGCUAGGCAUCGAGGAAAGCAAAAAUUUCAAAGACAGGAACAUGUUCAUGGUAUUGAUUCCAAACAAGGUGGUUGUACAAAAAGAACCACCAAAGAAAAAAGGAAAGUCAACUGGGACAGAAUUGUCAGCUAGCGUAUAAACAAAACUUCAUAAUUCGGUGAUUUGUUUCAAAGGCACGGCAACAAGCUGCAAAUCUUUGAUUUGUUCAUAAAUUAACAGGUAUUUUGCAAUCUUGUAUAGUUCAGUCGUCAUACCAAUAGUAGAAACCCUCAUAUUUAUUGCAUUUUUAGCUAAUUCCUUAGCCAUACUAGCAUGUAACUAUAUACAUGCUUAUAUUGAACUGCCAUAUUAGUUUGCAACUGUUUACAUCUCUGUGUUGAGUUAUGUGGUGCCUGUAGUGUUACAUAGGGUUUAUAUCAA